AGAAUAUGAAAAGUUUUGGAAAACUGUAGAAAAUAAUCCUCAGGAUUUUACAGGCUGGGUAUAUUUGCUUCAGUAUGUAGAACAGGAGAAUCACUUGAUGGCUGCCAGGAAAGCAUUUGACAAAUUUUUCAUACACUAUCCGUAUUGCUAUGGUUACUGGAAAAAGUAUGCAGACCUUGAAAAGCGGCAUGACAACAUUAAACAAUCAGACGAGGUGCGUACAUCACUGAAUAAAAUAAUUUCCAUUAGGUACUGUAAGCCAAAUAACAAAGACUUUUUUUUUCUUUGGCUGGCAGUACCUACGAUUUGUGGUCAAACAAUUUUAUAGGGUAUUUUAUUUGCAUUUGUCACUCUUGUGGCAUUUGUAGCUAAUAUUUUCUCUCUUUGUUGGCAGGUGCGUUAAACCUCUACAGUUUGUCAAGCUUUGCAGUGCAAGCCUCUGUAUUACACUGCAGCUUAACAAACGCUGUCAUUGGUGCUCUAAUGGGUCUGUGCCCUAUGGUCUGUAACCCAAAGCCUGCCCACACAACCCGGUCAGAAUGCAGGGACUGCUGCGCUUUGAAGAUCAAGACUCUGCACGUGGGGAUCAGAACAUUGCCAUGUUCUAUCCAACCUCCACCCAAAUGGUGUAUCGACGGGGGCUUCAGGCAAUACCUCUUAGUGUUGACCUUUGGAUACAUUAUAUAAACUUCUUAAAAGAAACAUUGGAUCCUGGGGAUUCUGAGACAAACAGUACAAUAAGAGGAACUUUUGAACACGCUGUUCUAGCUGCAGGAACAGAUUUCCGAUCUGACAGACUAUGGGAAAUGUAUAUAAACUGGGAGAAUGAACAGGGAAACCUGAGAGAAGUUACAGCUAUAUAUGAUCGUAUUCUUGGUAUUCCAACACAGCUGUAUAGUCAUCAUUUUCAGAGAUUUAAAGAGCAUGUACAGAAUAACUUGCCUAGAGAUCUUCUAACUGGUGAACAGUUUAUUCAGCUGCGAAGGGAAUUAGCUUCUGUAAAUGGACACAGUGGUGAUGAUGGUCCUCCUGGUGAUGAUCUGCCAUCAGGAAUUGAAGACAUAACUGAUCCAGCAAAGCUAAUUACUGAAAUAGAAAACAUGAGGCACAGAAUCAUUGAAAUUCAUCAAGAAAUGUUUAAUUAUAAUGAGCAUGAAGUUAGUAAAAGGUGGACAUUUGAAGAAGGUAUUAAAAGACCUUAUUUUCAUGUGAAACCAUUGGAAAAGGCACAAUUAAAAAACUGGAAAGAAUACUUAGAAUUUGAAAUUGAAAAUGGGACUCAUGAACGAGUUGUGGUUCUCUUUGAAAGAUGUGUCAUAUCAUGUGCCCUCUAUGAGGAGUUUUGGAUUAAGUAUGCCAAGUACAUGGAAAACCAUAGCAUUGAAGGAGUGAGGCAUGUCUUCAGCAGAGCUUGCACUAUUCAUCUCCCAAAGAAACCUGUGGUGCAUAUGCUUUGGGCAGCUUUUGAGGAACAGCAGGGUAAUAUUAAUGAAGCCAGGAAUAUCUUGAGAACAUUUGAAGAAUGUGUUCUAGGAUUGGCAAUGGUUCGUUUGAGAAGAGUAAGUUUAGAACGACGACAUGGAAAUAUGGAAGAAGCUGAACAUUUGCUUCAAGAUGCUAUUAAGAAUGCCAAAUCGAAUAGUGAAUCAUCGUUUUAUGCUAUUAAACUAGCCCGGCAUCUUUUCAAAAUACAAAAAAACUUUGCAAAAUCAAAAAAGGUGCUUUUGGAAGCAAUUGAAAGAGACAAAGAGAACACAAAGUUAUACCUCAAUUUACUUGAAAUGGAAUAUAGUGGUGACCUCAAACAAAAUGAAGAAAAUAUCCUAAAUUGUUUUGACAAAGCUAUACAUGGUUCAUUACCUGUUAAAAUGAGAAUUACAUUUUCUCAGAGAAAAGUGGAAUUUCUUGAAGAUUUUGGUUCAGAUGUUAAUAAUGGAUUUUUUUUAUUACUUCUCAGGCUUCUGAGUGCUUAUGAUGAGCAUCAAACACUCCUAAAAGAACAGGAUUCUUUGAAAAGGAAAGCAGAAAAUGGAUCAGAAGAACCAGAGGAAAAAAAAGCACACACAGAAGAUACAACUUCAUCCUCUGCGCAGUUGAUUGAUGGUGAUUUACAAGCAAAUCAAGCUGCAUAUAAUUAUAGUGCCUGGUAUCAAUACAAUUACCAGAAUCCUUGGAAUUAUGGACAGUAUUAUCCUCCCCCUCCAACUUGAUGGGAAAAUAUAAAUAUCAGAUGGAGUGUGUGGAAAGUAUAACGUUAUUUUUUUUCAACAAGAGAUGUAAACAUUGGCUUGUCAUAUUUGACAACUUGUCUUCCCUGUUUCUGUGUAACAUAUGAUUUUAGUAUUAGGAAAAAUGUCACUUAGUAGCUUACCACAGAUACUAUUUCCUACCAUUUAUAAAGUUUACUUUUUAUUGGAGAACUAUUUUUUGAUUUUUGCAUUAAGUGGUCUAGAAUUCUUUUGCAAUGCAUUUGCAACAGUUUUGUAGCCUUAAGGGUAGGAAAAAAACUGACUGCAAAUCAUGUCAGUGUAGUACAAGAGUCUGAAAAUACAUAAAGGGCUGGUUAUUAAGGAUUUACCUCUCUGUAAAAAGAGAAAAAAAAACCCACCAAAAAACGGAUUUUUAACCUUUACUGACCAGGCUUUGUCUGCGUGUUUCAAUUAUCCCUGUGAAUUUUGAUUUAACUGCAGGAAAGAUACACACUAUUAAAAUAGUAUGUCAUGACAUAGAGAUUACAAAUCAGAAAAUCGAAUGUUUGCAUCCCUUUAAAAAAUGAAAAUUGUAUCAAAAUUUAUGUUGUUUCAGAAGACUUUGUAUUUACAAUAUUCAUGUAAAUUUGUGAACAAGCUUUCAUUUUGAUCAAACUGAUCAUCUACAUUUUUGUAAUAAAACUGAAGACUCAUCCACCAA